AGUGGGCUGCGCGAGAGCGGCGCGGGCGGCGGCUGGCUGUGCUUAUUUUAUUUAUUAAGUCGACAGUGAGUGCAGUGAGCGACGCGCGGCGGGCACGGACCGCGCUAUGGCUCUAGGGGCCCCAUUGUUUCUUCUCUCCGUGCUAAUAGCCGGCGGGGCCGCGGCGUAUACCAAAGAUCGCGACCGUUCACGUGUCAGUCCGCGACUCUCUGACCGUGCCUGUGAACUCAGUUCGUGUUAUCCUGCCACGGGCAAUCUGCUUAUCGGACGCGAAGCUCAACUCUCCGCCUCGUCGACGUGCGGUACCCGCGAGCGAGAAAAGUUCUGUAUAGUGUCACAUCUUGAAGAACUAAAGAAAUGUUUCUGGUGCCUUUCUACGAAUAAAACUGUUAACGAUCCGGCUCUCAAUCAUCAAAUACAAAAUGUUAUUUAUAAAUAUCAUCCCGGAACUAAACACAAAUCUUGGUGGCAAUCUGUGAAUGGAAAAGAAAAUGUUACAAUACGACUGGACAUGGAAGCUGAAUUUCAUCUUACGCAUUUGAUAAUUCAGUUCAAGACAUUCCGCCCGGCGGCUAUGUUGGUUGAAAGAUCAUUCGACUUUGGCAAAACUUGGCGCGUCUAUCGAUAUUUUGCACACAACUGUGAAGAAUCUUUUCCUUUUGUGCCUAAACACACUCAACGUAGCUUAACAGAGGUUGUUUGCGAAUCUCGCUAUUCAGGAGUUUCGCCAUCUUCCGAAGGGGAGGUCAUAUUUAGGGUUUUGCCUCCAAACAUCAACGUCGUCAACCCAUACUCCGAAGAAGUUCAAAAUUUACUACGUAUGACGAAUUUGAGAAUUAAUUUUACGAAGCUUCAUACACUCGGUGAUGAUUUACUUGACAAUAGAGCUGAAAUUCAAGAUAAAUAUUAUUAUGCUAUUUAUGAAAUGACAGUUCGCGGUUCCUGUUCCUGUUACGGUCAUGCGUCGCAUUGUUUACCCUUGCCUGGAGUUAAUGCCAAAAGUAAUAUGGUGCACGGACGCUGUAAUUGUAAUCAUCAUACUCGCGGACUCAAUUGUGAAUAUUGUGAAGAUUUGUAUAAUGAUUUACCGUGGCAACCUGCAGUGGGAAAAACUUCUAAUGCUUGUGUAAAAUGCAAUUGUAAUGAUCAUGCUGAUAGUUGUCACUUUGACGCAGCUGUGUAUAAUAAAACUGGAAAAACAAGUGGUGGUGUAUGUGAUAAUUGCAAACAUAAUACUAUGGGUGUCAACUGUGAAAGAUGUAAACCAACGUUUUACCGAGACCUUACUUUAGAUAGAAAUAAUCCUAAUGUUUGCAAACCUUGCGAUUGUGAUCCCGAUGGAACUACUGAUAAAGAAGUAUUAUGUGAUGAAGAUACUGACCUAGUUAAUGACAAAGUUUCAGGUCGUUGUCUCUGUAAAUCAAAUGUAGAAGGAGCGCGGUGUGAUAGGUGCAAAGAAGGUUAUUGGAAUUUUGACCGACAAAAUCCUGAUGGAUGCCAAUCGUGUACCUGUGAUAGACUAGGUACUAUUAAUGAAAGGGGAUGCGAUCAUCUUACUGGCAAUUGCUUCUGUAAACGUCAUGUUACUGGUAGAAAUUGUGAUCAGUGUCUACCAGAGUUUUAUGGUUUAUCUGAUAGUGAUGAUGGUUGUUUACCAUGUGAUUGUGAUCCGGGUGGCUCUCUAGAUCGUGAUUGUGAUGUUAUAUCUGGACAAUGUAAAUGUCGUCCAAAUGUAAAAGGCCUCCGUUGUAAUAUACCAAAUCAAAACUUUUUUGUUGGAGCUCUAGAUUCAGUUGUUAUUGAGGCAGAAUCGAGUCAAUGCAAUUCUCAAAUAGAUGACAAUGCAAUACAAAGUCAAAUCUGUCAUGUAGUCAUAAGAGAAAAUUACCCAGAUGGACGUAAAGAAACAUGGACUGGUCCUGGCUUCAUGAAGAUACCAGAAAGUAGUACAUUAGUAUUUGUUGUGAACGAUUUAAAAACAAGCAUGAACUAUAAUGUUUUAAUAAGAUAUGAACCGCAGCCUAACACAAACUGGGAAGAAGCUACAAUAUUAGUAAAAAGGCCCGGGCCAAUUGAUAUUGAUUCGCCUUGUGCCAAUGUACGUCCAGCAGAUGAUACUGUCCUUACUAGUCUUCCAGCAAAUCAAAGAAGCGUCCUAGUGCGACCAGCUAUUUGCUUAGAGAAAAAUAAAGAAACCCAAAUUCAGAUAUACUUAGGGAGACAAGACGGACGUAGCCCAAACAGUAGAGCUUCGGUUUUAAUUGAUUCUAUAGUAUUAAUACCUUCAAUCGAUGAUUUACCUUUCUUAUCAAAUGGCAGUAAUAUGCGCGAAGAAUUCGAUCGUUACAAUUGUGGUGAUCCAUAUUACUACGAUCUCAACCGAGAUAAUGUUCUUGAAAUUUGUAAAAAGUAUCAUGCAAGCAUAGGGUUUUACAUCAGAAACGGGACAGAAUCUUGUCAAUGCGAUCCAUCGGGCUCAAGAAGCCACCAGUGUGAUCCGUAUACAGGACAUUGCCAGUGCGUUGAAAAUAUAGUUGGCUCAAGAUGUGACCGUUGUGCGCCAGGUACUUACGGUUUUAGUAAAUUUGGCUGCAAACGUUGUGAUUGUAAUAGCAUAGGUUCCCUUGACAAUUUUUGCGAUGUUACAAGUGGUCAGUGUAAAUGUAGAGCUAAUACAUAUGGCCGCGCUUGCGAUUCUUGCCAACCAGGUUAUUUCAACUUUCCUAAUUGUCAGCAAUGUGAUUGUAACGGUCAUGCGAUUGAAUGUGAUGACAAAACUGGUGCAUGUCAAAACUGUAGAGAAAAUACCGAAGGUUUUCGUUGUGAAGCAUGCAAAAAAGGCUAUUAUGGAGAUCCACAACUCGGUAUUGAUAUACCUUGCAGAUUAUGUCCUUGUCCAGGCGUAAUAGGUGAUGCAAACAAAAGUAGUCACGCAGAUGAAUGCUUUUUAGACCCGGAGACAAAGGAUGUAGAAUGUUAUUGUAAAGAAGGUUAUGCAGGACUAUUGUGUGAUGUAUGUGCGGACAACUACUUUGGAGAUCCCAUAAAGGGUACAUGUGAACCAUGUAAUUGUAGUGACAACAUUGACUUAACUAAACCUGGUAAUUGUGACCCCUAUACAGGAAAAUGUUUGCGAUGUUUACAUAACACAGCAGGUGACAAUUGCGAGUUAUGCGAGGACGGUUUUUAUGGGAAUGCUUUAGAAAAAUCUUGUUACAAGUGCAAUUGUUCUGUCUUAGGCACUAACUUUACGCAAGGUAAUUGCAAUAGAACAACUGGACAAUGUCCCUGUUUUAAUAAUGUCAAGGGCAUAAAUUGCGACAUGUGUACGGAUAAUCAUUGGAGAAUAGCACUAGGCACAGGCUGUGAUCCUUGUGACUGUGAUACCACUGGAUCCAUUUCACCUCAAUGUAAUCCUUAUAUUGGAAAAUGUGAUUGUAAAGAGGGUUAUGGAGGAAGACAAUGCGAUCAAUGUCAAGAAAAACAUUGGGGUGAUCCUAAUGUAGAAUGCUACAAGUGUGAUUGUGAUUUCCAUGGUUCUAUAUCAGAACAAUGUAUGCGAGAUAAUGGAUCAUGUAUCUGCAAACCUGGAAUAGGUGGAUAUAAAUGUGAUACAUGUGACAGAGGAUACCUUGGUACAGCUCCUGAAUGUGAAGCUUGUGGAGAAUGUUUUGAUAAUUGGGAUCGGCUAAUUGGAGAAUUACGUAUUCAAACUAUAUAUGCCAUUGGAAAUGCAAGCAAGAUUAAAGUUAUUGGUUCUACUGGAGCAUAUACAAGAGAUUUUGAAGAAAUGACCAAAAAAUUGUCUGAUGUUGAAAACUCACUAGAAAGCGCAAAAUUGGGCCAAAGCACGGUCAAAGAGCUAUUAUCAAAUAUAUCUAAUCUUCAAGAUCAACUAAGUGUAGCAGAAAAGAAAGUAAAAGACAGUAAUGACAACCUCAAUGCAAUUACUCAAAAAAUAAACCUAGGUAAUGUAACUUUAGAUGCGCUAAGAAUUAGCAUAGAUAAUUUGAAAACCAAAACUUUUGAUUUGGGAAAUAAUGCUACUAAACUACAGGAAGCCAAUUUAGAAGGUGCUCUCAAUUUGACACGGGAGGCUAAACAAAGAGCGAUUAAGGCAGCAGAUGAUGCUGAAAAUGUGCAGACUAUUAUAGCAAAUACUGAUAGACAAAUAAAAAAUACAGACAGGCUCAUAGAAAUGCAAUAUAGUAAUUUCAAUAAUACGCGAAGUGAAAAUGACAAGAAAUUAGACGAUCUUCAACAACAGCUUUCGAACUUAGAUUCACAAUUACCAGCAAUAAAUGAAAAAAUGUGUGGUCAAGAGAGUGAUUCUUGUGACAUUUGUGGUGGUGCGGGAUGUGGAAAAUGUGGAGGUAUAUCAUGUGACCAAGGAGCGAUAACAAAGGCGGAACAAGCGUUAGACUUUGCUAAUAAAACAGAACAUAGAAUAAAAGAACAUGAACUUACCGCCGAAGAGAUAUUUAGAUCCGUUUCACAAGUAAAACAAGAUACAGUUGCAGUUCGCUCUAGAGCGCAAGAUUUGUUUGAAAUAGCUGGUGAAUUUAAAUCUGCAGCUGAAAAAGCCACGAAUGAAAGCCAGGAAUUGACAUCUCAAUUAAAAGAAUUUUUAUCUAAAACAUACAAUACUCCAGAGGACGUUAGACAACUUGCCACAGAAAUUUUGAAUUUAUCUAUAAGUAUCCAGCCAAAAGAGAUUACAGAAUUAUCACAACGAAUCAACUCAACAGUCUCACAGUUAACCAAUAUCGAGAACAUUAUUGCUGAAACGAAACCUGACCUUGAUAGAGCUAAAAUGUUAAAACUAAAUGCAACUAUAGUCAAUAAAACUGCUAAUUUAACUCUACAGAUGGCUAAUAAGGUAUUAGGAGCUUUAGAUGAAGCACAAGCAGCUCAAAACGCGGCAGAUGCCGCUAUAGAUAAGGCAAACAAAGACAUAGAAGCUGCUAAAAGUGAUUUGAUUCCCAUUGCAUUAGAAACUGAAGAAGCACAAAAGAAAGCUAACGAAACUAUGGAAGAGGUUGAAGGACUUCGAUCUCGUCUGUCGGAUUUACAAAAGAAUAUUCUGAAAAUUGAAAGCGAUGCAGAACAAGUAAAACAAGAAGCAAAUGAUGUUGUAAAUAAAGCAGAAGGUGCCGAACAAAAAGCAAGACAAUUAAGACAAGAUUUUAAACAAACGAAUAUAUCGCUUACGGAUAGAGCUAGCCAGACCUCAAUUUCUAGAGAACGCGCACAACUUUUGCUAGAUAAAGCUACUAAAUUGGCAAGUGAAACACAAAGGCAACUUAAAAGUCUAGCAAACAUGGAAGAGCUGUAUAAUGACCACAACGAACAUUUGAAUGAGUUGGAAAAAGAAAUAGCCAGUCUAAAUUCUCGAAUGAGUUAUUAUCUUUCAGAGAUAACUAAGCGUUCUGACUACUAUAGGUCUUGUACAACAUAAAUGACAUAAAUUCCGAAUAACUUAAUUAUUAGACAGCGUAAUUGUUACACUAUUACCUAAAAAUUCUCAUUAUAUACCUCCCGUAGCUUAUAACCGGUUUCUAUUAAUCGGUAAUCUCAAUAUAUCUAUAUCAAUCAAUUCAAUAUUGUAUACAUGUGUCUUUUAUUUUUUAUUAGCUUUACUUUAACUUAAUAGUUAAUCAUCACAUUAUUUUGCUUUUAACUUAUAUUUUAGUAACGAAAUAUUUUAAUGUCUGAGUCUAACAAUUUAUUGUAUAUCUAACUUGUACAUAGUGAUGUAAUUGAAUUUAAGGAUGUGGUCUACUUUGACGUAUCGUACGUAUGUAUAUGCUUGUUUGAAAAGUUAUAUAUUGUAUCACUUUUAUGUAUCCUAAUUUAAGAUUUAUUCCAAAGAAGCUUAACCUUGUAUGUUAAAUAAUUUAGAAAAGUAGAUAAAUGUAAUAUGGACAUUUGUUGUAACAAAUUUAUUUUUGUGGUUUGUACCUAUGUUAUAAACUACGAAAAAAUAAUUAUAUAUUUUUAGCUAGGAUAUACAUUUUGUUAAUUAUGAACACUGUGUGGAGUAUUUUGUAUUUAAUUACAAUAAUGCAUUUAUUGAACAUAAAUUAAACUUCCAUGCCAAUUGAUGCUAAGUUAUUUUUUGUGACGACUGACGAACAAUAAAUGGCACACUUACUUAAUUAUAAUUUGUUAAUAAAUUUUUUUACUGAA